GUUUCCGUGUCUAGGAGGAGAGCAGCAGUGUGAUUUCUGAGAAGACUCUAAUCCGUCAAAAUGCAGGACCCAAAUGAAGACACCGAGUGGAACGAUAUCUUGAGGAAGAAAGGCAUUCUUCCUCCCAAAGAGAUAGUUAAAGAUGAUGAAGAGGAGGAGUUGGCGGCCCUCCAACAGCAGUCUGUCGUUAAAGCAUAUGAGACCAUGACACUGGAAGAACUGGAUGAGAAUGAAGACGAGUUUGGUGACGACGAUGAGGCUGCCAUGGAGAUGUACAGACAGAAGCGUCUUUCUGAGUGGAAGGCGUCUCAGUUGAAGAAUGUGUUCAAGGAUGUGUUUGAAAUCUCAGCACAAGACUACGUCAAGGAGGUGAAUCAGGCCGGAGAAGGCAUCUGGGUGGUGCUGCACCUCUACAAACAGGGCAUCCCUCUGUGUUCGCUCAUCAACCAGCACCUGAGCGUCUUGGCCAGGAAGUUCCAGCAGACCAAGUUCAUCAAGUCAAUCUCCACCACCUGCAUCCCCAACUACCCCGAUCGCAACCUGCCCACCAUCUUUGUCUAUUAUGAGGGGGAGAUGAAGGCCCAGUUCAUCGGCCCCCUGGUCUUCGGGGGCAUGAACCUCAAAGUUGACGAGCUGGAGUGGAGGUUAUCAGAAUCCGGGGCGGUGAAGACGGACCUGGAGGAAAACCCGAAGAAGCAAAUAGAAGACAAGCUAAUGUCGUCAAUCAGAUGUUCGCUCCCCACACGAAAGGACAGUGACUCUGAGGAGGAGGACGAUUAGAAGAAAACAUGUUACUCCAAAAUAGAAACACCAUGCGGCUGUUAUGUUGGGAAACACUCAGAGGACCUUGAAACAUUUGAUGAUAAUAUGGGCAUCGAUGGCAUCUCCUUUAUAAGCAAGCUCAUUUCAUGUUUUGACCAUGUAGGUGGCGCUGUUGUGCUGGGAUCAAUCCUGCUCAAAGGAACUUGGUGGCACAGAAUCAAACCUACAGUACGACCUCGUUGUUGAACCUUCCUGUACAUGUUAGCAGAAAAAAAACGUCACAACAAUCACUCAUUUUGUAACUUUAAUAACGUCCGGCUGCAUGCACUGAAUCUCUACAAAAUAAUCAAAGACAAAUUUUAACUUUUUUAUUAUGUUGCAUGUUAAUCUUGUCACAAAAUGUACAUGUACAUUUAAAAUAUGUAAAAUUAAAUGUGAGUUCACCGCUUUGCCACAA